CUUCACUGACAAGCGGUUAAUCAGUCCUGAGACUAAACCCGAAUUGCUCAUGUUGUGACGACUGACUAAUUCCAGCCUCUACCGCAGUAUCACUACAACUUUUCUCACCUCACUAAUCGCUCACCUUCAUCCCUUUUUUUCUCUUUACCAUGCAUCUUCAUGGGCAUGGCUUCCAAUAAUAAUCGCCUUCAGCCCUCGGGCCAUCUCAAUGUGACGGGCCAUCACAAUAAUCGUCGCUCUCCAAGUCCCUCGUCCUCACGUCCCAUGCCUCCCGAUCCCGGAAGUCCAGGCCCCGUCGAAGAAACAGCAUCGGAUUACUUCAACCCGCUGAGCCAAGCGCCCUCAGCGCAGUCGCAGACAUCGUUAUCAUCGUUCCCGCGCUUUCCAUCGCAAACAUCCCUUUCGGCAUUUCCAUCCUAUCAAGAAUCGAAUUAUCAACAACAGCAGCAGACGAGACGAAGACCGCCGGUCGAUCAGGCUAGACAGCCUAGUAUCCGCAUCCGCCGAAGUUCAAACGGGUCGGUUUAUUCGAAUCAUAGUGUGACGAGCCAGUUUGAUGGGUUUAGCGAUGAUGGGAGACCGAGGAGCAUCUCGCAGCCUGAGCGCGCGAGGGUCUCGGAUGGGCAGAGUGCGCUGGCUCGUCAUUCCAGGAGGGUACCGCAGGUGGCGAUGCCGCGACUUACAGAGGAGGGUGGACGGCCGAGUCUGGCGGAGUUAGGGAUCAGUGAUGAUCAGUCUGCUCCUUUGUCGCCGACUGCUUCGCUUCCUGAUGAGAAUACGAAUGGGAGGGGUGGGCUUGGUCGGCUGCGUCGGGCUAGUCGCUUCUUCUGGCCUGGGCAUCGUCGGCAAUCUGGGGAGGAUCAAAUGGCGGUGCCGAUGGGGCAACGAGAUGAUGAUCGUCGCGAUGAUGAAUAUGACCAGGAACUUGUGGAUUGGCUCGAUGUCAUCGACCCCGAAGUCCAAACCCUUUCAACGCUUACAAAUGUUCAAAACUCCCUCUUCGUUCCCGAUCUCGGAAAAUGGGUCAACCGCCGACCAACAUACGCUCUAUCCCGACACGAUCCCCAGGCAGACUGGGCACGAGGCGCUGUUGAGCAAGAACGACGUCGCGAAGCUGCGCUGGAAGCACAAGAGACCGCCACGAUCGAACCAAUUCCAGAAGCAGAAGCAGAAGAAGAAGAUCAACCUCGUCUUCCGCAGCGGAGUAACACCAUCACAUCGCGUUUGACAGACUCGCACUACGCGGCGCUUCCACAUGGAACAAACCUUGAUGGCUGGACGCCGGAAGAAAAGGCCGAGUUGGAUGAUCAUGUUCGACACAUGCUGCACUCGAGACGUGCGAGGUUCAAGCGUCGCAUGAAGGGUUUUGGUCAAUAUGUCAGAAGACCUCUUGGUUUCCUCGUCACGCUUUAUGCUACACUUAUUACGCUUUUCGGUCUGGCUUGGGUUCUGUUCCUCAUCGGCUGGAUUUAUGUCGGCGAGAAACAAGUCUAUGCAAUUCACGUCAUCGACAGUGUUCUUGUCGCGCUCUUCGCCGUCAUGGGCGAUGGUCUCGCGCCCUUCCGAGCUGUUGAUACAUACCAUAUGUUUUUCAUCUGGCGCUUCUCACGAUUGAUCAAGAGAGCUGAACAGGGAAAGAAACCGAGGAAUAGAUUACAGAAGAAGCGUGUUCCUCCGGGUGUGUCCACAAAUCCGGAGCAUUCGCACUUGACGGGUCAUCAGGCUCGUGCUCUUCUCGAAGCUCAGGACUAUAAUCCUGAGAGAGACGGAACGGUCGGCACUGUCGACAACCAACCUCAACCGAAACCUGAAAGUCCUGAGACUGUUGACCUAGAAGGCGCCAAGUCCAACAGUCCUGAUUCAGACAUGCCUGCCCUGACGUUUGCUCAGUUCAAGAGCCUGCAGCACCAUCAGAAGAAAAUGGCAAAGUCACACAGUUUCUACAAACCCCAUGAGACAUUCACACACUUCGCCUUUCCCCAAAAGUACCUCAUCGCCAUCGUCAUUCUCCUCGACUGCCACUCCUGUCUCCAAAUAUCCCUCGGCGCAUGUACAUGGGGCAUCGACUACCACACGCGCCCCUUCGCUCUGACGACCGUGAUCCUCUGUGUGAGCAUAACCUGCAACAUCACAGCUGGACUGCUCAUCAGCAUCGGCGAUCGGAAGACGAGAAAGAAGGACGUGUGGGAGUUGUUGGACAGGCAGGAGUUGACGCAGGAUGCUAUUACGCAUAUGGAGAAGAAGAAGAAAGAGGAGGAGAAGGAGAAGGAGAAAGAGAAAGAGAGGGGGUCGGAUAAGGAUGGGGAGUCGAGUAAGGGUGAUGGAUCGAGUAGUAGGACGUCGAAGGAGUUUAAAAAGUUGGUGAAGCAGAAUAGUUAGAGGGUUGUGGGAUGAAGGAUAUAUGUGGAUAUGAUGAUUACGGUUAAUAAAUAGUUGAUACCUACCUAAUUUACAUAGAUCAUGAACACGAAUAUUUGUAU